GCUUGCAUCUCCUUGCAAACGGCCGACGACUGCGGCUUGCGUCUUGUUGGGCUUGCAGAUCAUAUUCUGGUGACGAACCAGGAGAGUCGAAGCCAGGUGUAGACUUUGGUUUUAAUACAUCGCCACUGUUACCCUUUGGUCAAAGGAGAUAUCAGUGUGCCUGUUCCCUCCCAUUUCGAAUUGACAAUCGGCAGCAUAAGCAAGGAAGAACCUUGAGCGUCGCGAUCAAUUCGGUGUCGUUCCCAAAACCGAGCCGCCCAAAACAGCCAACUCCGAGUUUCAGUGUCCGAACAACGAACGCCCUGCCUCUGCCACGUCGGCUGCCACGAACUACGCGAAGAUAAAAAAUACAUCCUGCGCGCGCGCCUGUGACUCGAACCGGCGAAAUUGCGACCGCCUGAAGCGAGCGGCGAGCUAGAUCCAUCGCCCACCCAUACUGUCGGCCCUACUAGCGCAAUCAAUCUGGAUCACCAAAACCCGCCCGCUCCGCAGGCGCCCCAUCUCGGCGCCUCUCCCGCAGGCGGAGCCCACCCGUGAGCUGCAACGACAACCCCCAAUACCACUCUCACCUCCAGGCAACCCCCAGCCACGAGAGCUGCUUUAGACCGACACCACCCUCGACAUCGGCCGCCACGGCCUUGCGAAAAUCCAUAACAAACACCUCGAAGAACGAAUCGCCUGAGUACGGAGCAACGAUGAAGGCCAUGAAAGGGCUGAGCAUGAACAAGGUGCUUGGCGGCAUCAAGAGGAAGGCGACGAACGGUACGAACCCCACUGUCUGGCCAUUUGGCGCGCGCAUAGAGCACAGCAGUAAUGCCAACGGUUCGGGGUCAGGCGGCGACCCCGCAGACGAGACGCCUGAGGUUGUCGCCUCUCGCAAUGUGCGGCGUUUCUGCGAAUCAGGAGGACGCGAGAAUGCGGGCGACGAGGUGACCUUUCUGCCCGCCAUCGUCGACGCAGCCGAGUCUUCCCCGGCCGCCGCGGCCGAGUGCGCGCGCAUCAUCCGCAAGUAUCUGCACAAGGAUUUCUGGACCAAGCCGUCGUUCCAGUACAAUGCCAUCAUGCUCAUCCGCAUCCUAGCCGACAACCCCGGCCAGACCUUCACACGCGCCCUCGACAAGAAGUUCGUCGACGUCGCCAAGGAGCUGCUCCGCUACGGCCGUGACGCGUCUGUCCGCCAGAUGCUCAUGGAGACACUGGAUGCCUUUGAGGCUACUAAGGCGUACGACGAGGGCCUAAACCUCAUCCUAGAAAUGUGGCGGAAGGAAAAGGAGAAGGCCUACAAGGCCUACGGAGUUCCACCGCCACAAGCUGCCCCGCGCAUGCCGAGCGACGGGCCGCCGUACAACCCGCACUCACAGAACUACUUUGCUCGCAGUCAUAGGAACAAGCAGCUGCCGGAACCCAUCGAGCUGGCCAACCGGCUCGAGGAGGCGCGCACAUCAGCCAAGCUGCUGCAACAGGUCGUGGCCUGCACGCCGCCUGCCGAGGUGCUCAACAACGACCUGAUCAAAGAGUUUGCCGACCGCUGCCUCAGCGCCUCCAGGUCCAUACAGGGCUACAUGACAGCCGACAACCCAGCCCCGGACAACGACACGAUGGAGUCCCUUAUCGACACCAACGAGCAGCUGCAGACCGCCCUCAGCCAGCACCAACGCGCCGUGCUCAACGCCCGCAAGCAUAUGGGUCCCGGCGAUCAGACGACUCCGCCGGCCGGCGCGCCGCCCCAAAGGACCACCGCCGGCUUGACGAUCGGGUCGACCGGGUCCCAGCCCGAGGCGCCGCAGAACGGCAUGGGCUUCCAGUCGUUUGAACCGAGCAGCCGCAAAGCCGUCGGCAAACAAGUCGAAGGCGGGCCGAGCAGGUCCACGAGCGGCACUCCCAGGCCCGAGGAGGACCCGUUCGCCGACCCCGUCGACGAGCCGAGCGGCGCCGGUGCCUCGACUCGCGUCGGAGAUGCGGGGUCGUUGUCGGCCGCCGGACGGCCAGGGGCGGCGCCAGCGCCGGUGCCGGUAUCCCCGAUCGAGCCCUCAGACAACGGGCCCCCAAGGCUAGCGCUGGAGCCGUUCCACCCGGGCGGCUUCGGGGGUUCAGCGUCCGACAACGCCGCAGCGGGCGGCAGGAGCAGGGGCAUGACGCGCGGCUCCGAGGACCUGUACGACGACUCGGACGAUGAUCGACAGAGGCCUGGCGGCGCUGCAAAAGCCUCCAAAGCACCACAGCAGCCUGUAAAUCGUUAUUAGUCUCGGUGAGAGAUGGUGUCGUGAAGAGAACACGCGGAGAGGCUGCCGUAUUCAUGGCGAGUGCAGUCCUCGGACAAAGCGUUGCGCGGGGUAUUCGAUGUUUUAUUUUCCUCCGCUCCCAGCUCAUGAACAGCUCUUGGAAUGUUUCGCCUCUUCUUCCUUCCUACUCGAGCGAUGUUGUGCUAUCAAAGGUCCGAUACAUCCUUACCCCUACUUUGGAUUGGAAUUUCUUCGUUUUCCUUCUGCUCCUUCUUUUCUGCUUUCUCAAAUAGCAAGAAAGUCCACUACGUUUCCCCCCCCCCC